AUGUUUGAGGUGUUGGACAAACACAAAGCUAUGGACAGCAUGGUGGAGCUGCUGCAGGUGUACCCCGAGGAGGACGAGGCGUACGGAGAGCUGCUGGAGGCGACGACUCAGCUCUACCACUACCUGCUUCAGCCUUUCAGGGACAUGAGGGAACUGGCAAUGCUGCGCAGACAGCAGAUUAAGAUCUCACUGGAGACGGAGCGCUUGGGUCCUCGUAGAGUGGAGAGCCUGAGGAAAGAGGAUGAAGAGUGGCAGAAGAAGGCUCACGCCGCCGUGCUCUCUAUACAGGACCUGACUGUCAAGUUCUUUGAAACCACAACACGGGCACAGAAAGCUUUAUAUGAGCGGAUGCGUGCAGACCAGAGGAAGUUUGGCAAGUCGGCGUGGGCAGCAGCGGUGGAACGCAUGGAGCGGCUACAGUACGCUGUUUCCAAAGAAACUCUGCAGCUGAUGAGAGCCAAGGAAAUAUGCCUGGAACAGAGGAAACAUGGCUUGAAGGAGGAGAUGCAGGGUCUGCAAGGUGGGGAGGAUGCCAUGGUGCGUCUGGACCAGCUCGAGGCGCUGUACUAUGAGUUGCAGCUGCAGCUGUAUGAUAUUCAGGCAGAGGUGCUGCGCUGUGAAGAGCUGCUGCUCACUGCACAGCUGCAGAGUCUGCGCAGGCAAAUGACAGAGCGACAGGAUGAGGUGGUGUACUACGACGCUUUUGAGAGCACCGAUGCCAUGAAGGGUGAGGAGGAUCCCGCAACCCCGCCGUCCCCCCUCAGAGAUGAAGAACUCAGCGUCCUACAGCAGAGGACACGGCAGCUGGAGGCCCGCAGAGGCCGCAUCACGGCCAAGAAAGUCUACCUCAAAAACAAGAAGGAAAUCUGUAUCGUCAAUCACAACCAGAAGUUACAACAGCGACAAGGUAGCCAUGCUGAUUCCCUGCAGACACUGCAACAGGGAGCUGAAGCUGAGGAAGAUGAAGCCAGGAGCAACACUAGAGUGAGUCAGGAGAGGCAGAGGACUCUGGACAGACUUCGCAGCCUCAAACAGCGUUAUCCAGGCCAGGUGACUCUGAAGUCCAGCCGGCUGCGUCUGAGUCAGCCUCACAGCCGGAGGAGAGCAGGACAGCUGCCCAGCACUCACUCAGCCAGCGUUCAGACCGACUGCAUCUCAGAUCUCCCAGAACUCUCUGCACCUCCGCCCGACGUCUGCGGCUGCGACAGCGUCUCCUUACCUACAGUUGAACUCGAAAAUCUCGACUCUUCGCCUCCAUUCCUCUCUCUGCCUCCCCUCUCAGCCUCCCCAUCUAUUCUUUCACUGGGUCCUCCUCCCCCUCCACCUCCUCCUCCACCCCCCCCUCCUCCUCCGCCACUUCCUCCCUCAGAGGAGCAGCAGCAGCAGCAGCAGGUCGAGGGCAGGAGAAAUGAUCCCAGGCCAGUGCAGCAUCAUAAAAGCGAGUCUGAAUCGUCCUCUCUACCCCUGGCUCCGUUUUCCCCCCGCUUCUUCGACAGCAGUCAGCUGCAGACGGCGAGGAAGAAGCUGAAGAAGACGGCCUCACUGGACUCAUCGCAGUGGAGGAGAGCGAGCUCCCCCAUGGACGAGGUGUUGGCCUCCCUCAAACGUGGCAGCUUCCACCUGAGGAAGGCUGAGCUGCGCGUCCUAGCCCCCGACCCGGAUGAUGACAGCAACAACAUCCUGGCUCAGAUCCGGCAGGGCGUGCGGCUGAAGAAGGUACGGACCCGGCCGGAGCAGCAGCGUCACGCCAAGAGCUUCCCCCACUCGGCCGACGCUCUGACCCGCAGCAUCCAUGAGGCUCUGAGGAGAAUCAAGGAGGCUUCACCCGAGUCCGAGUCGGAGGAUGAAGGCCUUCCAUGCACUGACUGGGAAAACUAAGCAGAUUUGAAGUUUAUAAACUCCAUUUUUUUAUGGAUACGUGGAGUCAAAAUGAAGACAAAGCGAUGGCUUAAUGCACCUGGAGAUACCGUGGUGCAAUUUGAACAAAAUCCUAUUGAGUUUUUUUACAUCAGAAAACUGCUCAGAAGUAUGAUUUUUUUUAUUCGUACUUUUGUGUGUUGUUUGUAAAGAUGGACCACUAAUCUUUUUUUAUGUCGUUGCUGUGGCAUUCUUGGCGAGGAUACAACCUCUAACCUCUCAUUAUGUUAGUCCACAUGUCAGAGUCGUACUGUAGCUUGCUGUGAUGGGUUUGUUUUAGGAAGUAAGUAUUGUGUUUAUUCACGUUUCUCUCGCUUACAACAACACAGUGAGCAUUCAGACUCUUCACUGAUUACGUGUGCUUUACACUUUUACAUUGUGACAGCCAUCUUUCAGUGCAUAAAAUGCCUAGACGUGUACACGUGUGAUAGGAUAAUUCCCACUUCCUUAAAGGAACAGUUUGACGCUUUUGGAGAUACAGCUGCUGGCUGUAGCUUUAUAUUUAGAAAUGCUCAGCAAAAACAGUGAAUAAGCAUAUUUCCCAUAAUGUCACACUUUAAUUUGCUAAUUAAAGUCGCAAGAAUGCCAAAAAUUGGCACUGAUUUGUAUGUUUUGCAAAUCACCCAUACCCGUUUUAAGCAUUUUCACUCUAAAAAUCAUAAAUAGCUACAUGUACAAAUAUUUAGGAAACAAUAUAUAAAAAGAUAAAGAGGUUUGAGAGAAAGGAAAUCAAACUCAAUUUCAGUCUUCAUCAUCUGUUCUGAAAUUAACAGAAAGUUGGUUAUUGUAGUUUAACACAGUCAGCAGCUCACAGGCAAAUCCGGUGCUUUAAAACGCUUAGUGUCCGAUAACCACAAUUUGCACCAAAAAUCGCACUUUUUCACAAAGUUACAAGUCAGUCAAAUCUGAACACACAGACACGAUACAUGUAUUUAUAGACUUAGUGAGCCGUGCACUUUCUAAGGACGUCAUUAUCGCUGAUAAACAUCCACAUGUUAAUUUAGAAAUGAGAAAAAAAUGAAUGAAAAAAUAGCCUGAGAAUCAUCAUGUUUUCAAAUUUAUUCAGUAUCAGUCAAGGAGGUUAUGAAAAUGUUAAUGCUGAGGUCAAAGCAGAAAAGGUGACAGCGGCAACAACGUUGGUGUUAUGUAAGGUCUUUAAAUCAAGCCUGUCGGGACAGUGAGGAGAGUGUGUCUCUCGUGCCUCCACACUGCCCCUGCUGUUUAUAUACUUGCUGCAUCUCACGCCCCUGUCGCAUUUUUGAGGUGCACGCACGAAACCAACGCAGGGGACAUGUGGCAACCAUCACGCGUACACAUAGUUAAGUCAACCACAUCUCUAGCCUAAGUCUCACUUUAUCUGCAGCUUUCAUUCUGCUGCUCCAUCUGUGCCCAGAGUACGGUCCAAGCUCUGAGUGUGGUGCAAUCAAUAUUCAAAUGGUUUAUAGAUUGAAAACGGCUCUCCUAGCGAACAGUCUAGCUCCAAAAAUAGAAAAUCUUUUUGAGACAGCAAAUGUUUUAAUUGUGGCUGCCAUAAAUACAAGGAUGGGAGGGAAACCUUGUUCUUCAUAAGAAAUUUUAAAAAUUCAAACAUAAAUCUUAAUUGUUGUCAGGAGCUAGCUGAUGAGGUCCGGAUGGGUGGCGAUGGGUUCCAAAUGGGUUUCAAAUGUGAUUGUUCAGUACUACCCACAUUACAAAUGGACUACAAACAGAAGCCAGGACACUUCCAAAACCAAAACCUUGUUCCACUGCCUCCAGAUUCUGCAUUCAUUAGCCGAUAUCUGACUAUAGAGAUUACCCAAAGCAGAACAUUUCUAAAAUUUAGAGCAUAAUUAUAAUAACAGGUGUGGAAAAAGCUCAUAAAUAUUUAAUAUAUACUGUAUUUGUGUCACUUUGAAAAGCGCUGAUGUAUUUUGAGAUGCUGUCGCUGAUCGAGCUUAAGUGUAUGUCAGAGAGAGAGUUUCUGAAAGGAUAUGAUCCAAACAGUGUUUACCUGCAGCCCAGACAGGAUCAGACUUUAAGAAGCUCCGCACGGCUGGCUCACAAAUACUGAGUCAACUUGGAAAUACCAACACACACAACCAGCUGUAGUUUCAGAUCAUUAUUCAUCACAAAUAUGUGUUCACUUGUGCAUCCUCUGUGUUUCCUCCUUCAAGGAUGCCAUUUACACCAGGACAGUAUUGUGACAAAAUAUAUAUUAGACGAAAUAUAUAUAUUACAUGACUAUAUAUAUUGGGCACCAAGUGAAACAUAAACGAUUACUUGAAUCUGUGAUGGGCUGAUUGUGCUGUCACUCUUUGAGAUGGAAAAAAUGGAUGGAUGGGAUAUAAUAAUUCAAUAGAUAGAUAGAUAGAUAUACUUUAUUAUCUGCAGAGGAUUCCCCUCUGAUGAAUAAUAAUAACCUACAUUGUGAUCGUCCGCUGUUAUGAUACAUUAUUGUUUAAUUACUCUGCAAGACUCAUUAGUAUAUGACUUAAAAAUGAAACCAAAAAGGCUGAGAGUGUCAGAAAAU